AUGAACAAGUUUGUUCUUCUUUUAUUCUUCAUAAAUGUUGGAGUUACAUUGAUCAAGGGUUUAAACGACAAUAAUGAAAGAAAGCCAUACGUAGUAUACAUGGGGGAGUCGUCAAGCGGACUUGAACAACUGACAGUGGAGUCGCAUCAUCACAAUUUGCUUGCUGAAACCAUUGGAGAUGAAAGUGUGGCCAAGGCAGCUAAGAUACAUAGCUAUGGUAGGAGUCUUAAUGGAUUUGCGGCAAGAUUAUUGCCUAGUGAGGCACAAAGGUUAUCAGAGAAAAGCAAUGUAGUAUCGGUAUUUCCAAGCACAAUACGAAAACUUCUCACAACAAGAUCAUGGGAUUUCUUGGGAAUGCCUGAAAAUUUGAAGCAACGUAACCUUCAAAGUGAAAGUGAGGUUAUUGUGGGGCUGUUGGACACAGGGAUUUAUGUUGAAGCACCAAGCUUCAAUGAUGAAGGAUAUGGUCCUCCCCCAACCAAGUGGAAAGGAAAAUGUGAUACAGGCAAAAAUUUCACUGGAUGUAACAGGAAGGUAAUAGGAGCAAGGUACUACAACCUAGGAGAAGACACAGGAAUGGAACCCACCCCGGUCGACAACGAAGGGCACGGAACACACACAGCAUCAACAGCGGCAGGGAGGUCCGUCGAGGGAGCAAGCUUAUACGGAGUAGCUAAGGGAACAGUCCGAGGCGGGGUACCUAGCGGGCGCAUUGCCAUGUAUAAAGUGUGUGGCAGUGUAGGGUGUUCGGACACGAACAUCCUAGCUGCAUUCGACGAUGCAAUUGCUGAUGGAGUCGAUAUCAUAUCGUUCUCCAUAGGCGGCCCUGUGAGGAACUUCUCGAAAGAUGUCUUAGCCAUCGGUUCGUUUCACGCCAUGAAGAAGGGGAUUUUGACAGUCUGUGCUGGGGGAAAUGACGGGCCUUAUAGUGGGACUGUAGGGAAUGUGGCUCCUUGGGUUUUGACUGUUGCUGCUACUAAUUUGGAUCGACAGUUUAUGACUUUGGUAGAGCUUGGUAAUGGCUUGAAAUUCGAUGGGGUAGCAGUGAAUACAUAUUCUCCUAAGAAAAGAAUGUAUCCUUUGACAAGCUCCAUUUUCGCGUUAAAUGACACCGUGUUAAACCGCACUUUGAGUCCUUUAUCAAAUCUAAGCACAUGUGAAAUAGAUACUCUGUCGAAGAAAAAAGCCGAGGGGAAGAUAUUGUUAUGCUUGGGUUAUGCAUAUGCAGAUUAUACCGUGAGUGUAGCCCAUGGAGCUGGUGCCAUCAUUGCUGCUGAUGACCCCAUUGAAUCCGCUUACACUACUCUUAUCCCUGCUUCUUUUGUUUCUGCUGAGGCUGGUAAACACAUUGGCCGAUAUAUUAACACCACUAAGUCACCACUAGCUGUAAUACACAAAACAAGAGUUGUUCAUACAACAAACGCUCCUAUGGUUGCUUCAUUUUCAUCAAGAGGUCCACAAACUCUAGCUAAGAACAUCCUCAAGCCUGAUAUAAGUGCACCUGGGAUGGACAUUCUUGCUGCAUUCUCAAAACUGGCGCCUAUAACAGAUUACGAUGAGGACAAACGACGCAAUGUCUUCAACAUCAUUACCGGUACAUCCAUGGCUUGUCCUCAUGUCUCGGGUGCUGCUGCUUAUGUUAAGACAUUCCAUCCUGACUGGUCGCCUGCUGCCAUCAAAUCCGCUCUCAUGACCACUGCUAAACCUGUGAAUGGAAAGAGCUCAGAGGAUCCAUUGAACUCAGGAGCCGGGCUGCUUAACCCUGUUGAUGCAGUUCAUCCAGGCCUAGUCUACGACAUCUCACCAAAGGAUUACAUUCGGUACCUAUGCUUUGAAGGUUACAAUGAAAGCGCGCUAUCCUUUAUCCAUGGAAUUGAAAACAGUAAAAAUCACUACAACUGCUCAAAAUUCAAACAAGGGGUUGGAGCUGAUGGCCUAAACUAUCCUUCGAUGCACCUUCAACUUGCUGUUAAUGUAACACGAAUUUCAGGAGUCUUUCAUCGGACAGUAACCUAUGUAGAACACGGUGCUGCAGUUUACAAAGCCCAAGUGACAUCACCGAAUAAGGGUGUGUCUAUCAAAGUCAUUCCUGAUGUCUUGGUAUUCACAAAAGCGCAACAGAAAAAGUCCUUCAAUGUUGUGGUGAAAGGAACUGUAACUGAUCCUACUUCUUCUUCAACCUUAGAUGAUUGGUCGGAUCCUACAGUCUACACUCAUAAUUCAUUCUUAGAGUGGGUUGAGUCUAGUUCUAAUCAUAGAGUUAGAAGCCCUAUUGUGAUCUACCGGGGGCAUACAAUUGAGAAAUCGGGUUUUUGAAACUAGUUAGAAUUAGUAAUGUAGUGUUUGAGGGCUUGUAGGUUGCUAGUUAGUUGUUUAAUGGUACAUUUUUUUCCAUACGUAAAUUUAAACUAGCAUCGUAAUAAUAUGUGAAAUUUAAGAAUAAAUCAGUAAUAACAAAAGAA